UGCUUCUGAGGAAACCCUCCACUUGGAUAAGGUAGAGCUACAGCCAAGGACAAGGGGAGAAUGCCACGCAAGAUAGAAGGUUUCUUGUUCUUACUUCUCUUUGGCUACGAAGCCACACUGGGACUGUCGUCUACUGAGGAUGAGGGUGAGGACCCCUGGUACCACAAAGCAUGCAAAUGCGAUUGCCAAGGAGGUGCCAAUGCCCUCUGGUCUGCUGGCGCCACCUCCUUAGACUGCAUUCCGGAAUGCCCAUAUCAUAAGCCCCUGGGUUUCGAAUCGGGAGAAGUUACACCAGACCAGAUCACCUGCUCCAACCUGGAGCAGUACGUGGGCUGGUAUUCCUCGUGGACCGCUAACAAGGCCCGGCUCAACAGUCAAGGCUUUGGGUGCGCCUGGCUGUCCAAGUACCAGGACAGCAGCCAGUGGCUAGAGAUAGAUCUGAAGGAGGUCAAGGUGAUUUCAGGGAUCCUCACCCAGGGGCGCUGUGACAUUGAUGAGUGGAUGACCAAGUACAGCGUGCAGUACAGGACCGAUGAGAACCUGAACUGGAUUUACUAUAAGGACCAGACAGGAAACAACCGGGUCUUCUAUGGCAACUCAGACCGAACCUCCACGGUCCAGAACCUCCUGCGGCCCCCCAUCAUUUCCCGCUUCAUCCGGCUGAUCCCACUGGGCUGGCACGUCCGCAUUGCCAUCCGGAUGGAGCUGUUGGAGUGCGUCAGCAAGUGUGCGUGACGCCUCCUUCAGCUCGGCACCUGCCAGGUGGGGUGGAGGGCGCAGAGCAGCCUGUAGGGGAACAUUGACGCGACCAGGGCUUGAACAGGGUGACAAACAGGGCUGAAUUUUACAAGCUCUUUUCAAUGCAGAGCUGGGCAGAAAUAAUUUCUUUUUUUUAAGACGUAGUUUCCAAUGUCAAUGAGAAAGAAAAAUGAACUCAUCCCCCACUAAGGGCCAAAGAAAAUAAGAACAAAGAAAAUGUCCCUAAAGACAAUGUUCAUCAAAAGCCUAAGUAGCAGGGGUAAUUUUCUGCUCUCGGGUUUUUGUGUUUGGCCUGACAGUGUGAAAGGUGUGGUCUCAGGGAACACAAAGGAGCCCAGAUAAUUUAAAAACCCUUUUGCUUCACCACCCUGAAAACAGGAACAGAAGUUUCAUAAAACCUUGAUUUGAACGCAAAUGGGUAGCAGGCUUGUGGUCUUUCUGGGGUUUUCACCAAAUUAGGGCCUCUCACAACUUUAGAGCACCGUGUAUGCAGACGGAAAGGAUUUGGGGUGACUGGGGGGCCGAAAGGCAUAGUCGGGAGCCUGUGUCCUGGUCUCCUGGAGGCUGGCACCAUCACCUCAGGUAGGAGGGCCUCCCCUGCUCUGCGCCUUCACCCCCACGCACACAAGGACUGGGGAGCCACAAAAGCUCUCAUCACAUACAGAUCCAUUCUAGCAAAGUUUUCCAGUCUGUGGUCACUAUUUGGGUAAAUACAUGGGACAGGCUGCAUGUGUAAGUAGCAAAGUUUCUCUGUAUUUAGGAACCCCACAUGACCGAAGCACACCAGAAUUUCCCUUCAUCUAGGGCUACCAUUUUUCAACAGGAUUCACAUUUUAAAACCAGUUGGCACAGGAGAUAGAUCACUGGCUACACGGGGGAGGCCCAUCAGCUAACCACAUGCUUUGCAGGAAGUGGGCAGACCGCAAGUCCUAAGAAGGGAUGUGGAUACGUUUCUUGUGACCCACGGUUAAACUUCACCCCUUGCCUUGCAACACACAAAACAGGCCUGCUCCUGAGGCUGAAACCUCCUUGGGAAGGACCGGGCCUGGCAUGGGCCUGGCCUUCCCCCUCCUGGAGGAGCUCAUGAAGCUGGGACCUUUCGGGAAGAGUCUCAGUCUCCUGAGUUUUCAGGCCCUUCCCUGGGGAGAGGCUGAUGACAUGGGGAGUGGGCAGGAGAGGUAUAUGAAAGUAGGAGCUGAGAGGGGGUGAAACUGGGGGAUGAGGGCCCUCUGACAAGACUGGGGAAUCCGAGACUGUCCUGGCCCUGACACAGCACAGCCUCUACUAGAGGCUUUCUCCUGAGUUACUUUCUGUUUUCAAAUGCCAAGCCGAGUGAAGACUCACACUAACAUGAUCCUGGACAUCACAUUCACCUUCUCUGUGAGGGGGAAGCCUCCUAAAAACCCCAAAUCUCUUCCCUGGUGUUUUGGGCUUAGAACAGCUCUAUAUUUAACCCACCAUCCUUUUUUUUUUUUUUUUUUAACGUUUAUUUUGAAAGAGUGAGAGAGGAGAGAGAGAGAAGGAGAGAGCAUGCAUACGCACGCGAGCAAGCAGAGAAGGGUCAGAUAGAGAGGGAGACAGAGGAUCCGAAGCGGGCUCUGCGCGGUCAGCAGUGAGCCUGAUGUGGGGACGAACUUGUGACCUGUGAGAUCAUGACCUGAGCUGAAGUCGGAUGCUUAACCGACUGAGCCGCCCAGGUGCCCCUAACCCACCAUCUUUUUAAUCCCCCAACUGUAUACUUGGACCUGGAAAAAUGCUUCCCUUGCUCAGUAUUCUCUCAAAUACAAACAUAUCAAAUUCAAGGUGGGGAAAAAAAAUCCUUCUCUGGCCUUUGGACACAUGAAUAAAUCCAUUUAGAGCAGACGCCUCAUCAGAGCCCCUUACUGAAAAGCUGAAUGAACUUUCAUCAUGACACGGAUUGUCAGAGAAAAUGGUGGUAGCCUAAGAGCUCAGGUCCUCUACAGUGGUCACAUCAGACACAGGAGGGGAGUACGGUUAAGAGGAAAGAAGAAAAGAAUGAAACUGUGAGGCAGUGAUAAAGGUUCUCCAACUAAUUGUUCAUGUUGGAAAUGUUUGCUUUGUAAAGGUUUAAUGAGAUAAAGUCACAUACCGUACAAAUUUCAACCAUUUCAAGUGUACAAUUCAAUGACUUUUAGUAGACUCAGAGUUGAGGAACCAUUAUCACAAUUUUAGAAAAAUUUCAUCACCCCACAGAGAAACCCCGCACCCAUUAACCAUCACCUCCCAACCUACUCGUCCCCGCAGCCCUAGGCAACCACUGAUGGACUUCCUGUCUCAGUAGAUUUGCCUAUUCUGGACAUUUCAUAUAAAUGGGAUCAUUUUCUGCCUGGCUUCUUUUGUUUAGUGUAGUGUUUUCCCAAGUUUCAUUCAGGUUGUAGCAUGCACUUAACUCCUUCUUAUAGCUGAAUAUCAUUCCGUUAUAUGGAUAGGUCACAUUGUAUUUAUCCGUUCAUCUGUUGAUGGACAUUUGGGUUGUUUCUACAUUUUUGGCUAUUGUGAAUAAUGCUGCUAUAAACACCUGUGUACGAGUUUUUGUUUGGACAUAUGUUUUUAUUUAUCUUGGGCAUAUACCUAGGAGUGGAAUGCUGGGGUCAUAUGGUAACUCUACGUCUAACCUUUUUAGGAACUGUCAGACAAUUUUCCAAAGGGGCCACACCAUUAUGCAUUCCCACCAGCAACAUAUGAGAGUUUCAGGUUCUCUACAUUUGUUACUAUCUUUUUGAUUAGAGCCGUCCUGGUGUGUAUGAAGUAGCAUCACUCUGGUUUUUGAUUUGCAUUUCCCUAGGACUAAUGAUGCUAAGCAU